GACGGUGACGUCACCUCCCAGCUAGACUGCCAGUUGGAUUGUUCGGGCAGGAGAGACAGUUGUUGACGUGUAGUUUUGAUCGCUUUUGUCUGCAUUUUUGGACAUUACGCCGACAUUAUCCGCGGAUUUAGAAACCCGCCUUUCGACUGUGUCAUCACGCCUCAGUGCGGGGAUCCAGCAAAGAUGAAAUGGAUGUUUAAAGAGGACCAUUCCCUGGAGCAUCGAUGUGUGGAGUCAGCCAAAAUACGAAACAAAUAUCCUGACAGAGUACCGGUGAUAGUGGAGAAGGUGUCUGGCUCGCAGAUAGUGGACAUUGAUAAGAGGAAGUACCUUGUGCCCUCUGACAUCACAGUGGCCCAGUUCAUGUGGAUCAUCAGGAAACGCAUCCAGCUGCCUUCAGAGAAAGCCAUCUUCCUCUUUGUCGACAAAACUGUCCCCCAAUCCAGUCUGACUAUGGGCCAGCUGUACGACAAGGAGAAGGACCAGGACGGCUUUCUGUACGUGGCCUACAGCGGAGAAAACACCUUUGGUUACCAGGCCUUUUAUACAACACGGGGCUAACGCUCUCUCUCUCUCACACACACACACACACACACACACACACACACACACACACACAUACAACAUACUGUAUACUAAUGCACAAUGUUUCAAACAUUGGCACUUUCAAGUAAUGCACCUUCACACUUGGCACAGUUAUUUAUGGUCAAUUUUUGAUACUAGAAAAUACACAUUUUAUGGUGAAAAUUAAUGACACCAAAAUGCUACAAUAAACAAACAAGUAACAAACGUGGCAGACUCAGAUGAUCAUCAGUGUCAAGAAAUGCUUGACCCAAUGGUUGGUCCUUUGUCAUGAUUGCUGUUUAAAAGUUGUGGAGAGAAAUAUCGUUAACACUGCCGUAAAAUAAUAACAACGCACAUUAUAGGCACGUCAGAUAUUCAUUUUCCAAGUAUCAACAUCAGUAUUAAAGUAAAAACAAAAAACCAAACAAAUUUAGGCUUUGACACAGACACACACACACACACACACACACACACCAAUUAUUGCUCAUUACCCAAUCAUGCUCUAUUUUCUUUCUGUCCAGCUGUGUUGUCACAGAUAUUUGUGUUCAGCUGAAGUGAGAAAGAAACCCUAUAACCAUGUGACUAGCUAACCACAUUAUGGAUGUAUUUGUGUGGCUUUUUCAUAUCAUGUAUAAAAACUUCAGUAUUUAACUUUAAAGCCACAGGUACACGCAGCACUACGAUAGGCUAUGAGAACAACUAUAAGCAUGUGAAAGAAGACGGUGAAUGAUGGUGGAUGACUGUAAGCUGCCAGUAAGGAGGCAGCCAGUGUAAGUUCUAGGAUAAGGGGUGCCUGGAACCCUUUUAAUGUCUUUUUUUAUUUUUUUAAAUGUUAUUCUACUGUGCUAACUGUGCAUUUUAACAUAAUUUUGGACCACCAUGAUAGGGGAAACACUGAAUUAUGUAACUAGAAAGACACCAACAAUUCUUAGAAAACUUCCUUUAAUGCUGAGCCACAGGGCCGUCCCUACAAAGGUCAGGUGGUAUUACACAUUAAGUCGGAAAUGUAUCCAUGGAGAAGCCGACAUUUCCAAAAUGCAGGAUCAAUAACUUUUGAAAAUUAGAGAUUUAUGCGAUUUUAACUAAUGGCUGACAAGCACUAUUUUCUGAAAAUGGCUCAGAAUUUCUUUUCUAAAUAAUCUAGGCAUCUAGAUUUUGGGUUUAGUUUCACAAUGUUGUGAUAUUCAUAGAGCAGAACUUCUUAGCUCACAAUAGAUUACCACAGACUUUUUUUUUUUUGCAAUUAUUUUUUAUGGGUGCCGGUAUCAAGGCUCAAAUGGCCCCUGGUAUAGUGUGUCCAGCUCAGGGCCAUGGUCCAGCCCCUGUCCCUAGGAUGUUACUCAGUACUUCCCAGCCUGGCUGUUAUGUAUUUGCACAUUGCGUUGGCCAACAGCAUGACAUAAACCAAAUUGACCUGCUUAUGAAAUCCAACACUUUACUUGAAGUUUACUGUGUCGAUUUGUGAAAUUUUUAUAAACAAUGCUGAAGUUAGCUUCCGAUUCGUCAGUUAAGGUUCAGGAAAACAUAACUUACAUUGCUGAGCGACUGAGCCUCGUUAUUUUUUGCACCUCUUAAGCGUGAUUUAAGGUCCUGCGGAGGCUCCACGCACAGCUUUCACCGUAGCCUACUAAGUGGCCUGAAGUGUAUACUUUGAUUUUUAUAUGUUAAUGAUUAAAAUACACAAGGCUCUCAGCUGCUUUGUGGGUUAAUAAAAAGACUUCAAGUAAAGUGUUGCUCGGGUCUUUGGCUGCACGGGUGUCGUUCUUCUCUUCACUCAGAUGACUGACGCUGACAUUUUGGCUGCUCCUGUAGUUUUUGGUGCUGAAUCCGAGUGAGGCGUAUUAUUUACUUGACCCAUUGAAGUGUUCAUAUUUGUGCACCACAAAAGCUGAUUCAGGCUUUUAAACAUGGUAUGUAGAUGUGUAAUAUAUCGAUGGAAUGCUAUGAUAUUCAGUAUUGUUUUUAUUUCAUCAGUGUUGUAUGAUUGUUAAAUAUAUCUUAAAGACAGGACAAGGAAUUUUAGAUAUUUGAAAAAGGUAAGGUAGCUGGGAGACCUGACCAAUAAAAAUGAAUGUAAAAUGAA